AUGGAAGGGGGGCCGGAGCGAGCCCACCCCUUUGGGAAAGAGGAGCGGAGGGCAGGACAGCGGGUCUGUGUGCCCAGCCGUGGGGAAGGCUCCCAGGGCGCCAGGCCGGCGUGUGCUGGCUGUGGGGGGAAGAUCAGAGGCCCCUUCCUGCUCCGCGUGGCGCCCGACACAGAGUGGCACGUGGGCUGCCUCCGCUGUAUCUGCUGCCGGCUCAGCCUGGCCCACAGCCCCACCUGCUUCCUACGCGACGGCAGCGUUUACUGCCGAGCCGACUAUCUCAGGCUCUUCUCCAUGAGAUGCACCCGCUGCCGGGAGACCUUGCUGCCCUCUGACCUGGUGUUGCGGGCACGAGGGGCUAUAUACCACCAGGCCUGCUUCCGCUGCUCCCGCUGCCAACGCCGGCUGCUGCCCGGUGAGCAGUUUGCUCUGUGGCAGGAUGGGUUGUACUGCCCCAUACACCAGUGGCCUGGGCAGGAAGGGGCAGGGCCGGAGAGGCCAGUAUCAGCAUGGACCAAGUGGCACCGGUCAGCGAGGGGCUCGAGCGUCCCCGGGGCCCAGGGCGGCUCAGGGAAGCUGGCCCGCGUCCGCACCGUCCUGAACGAGCGGCAGCUCCAGGCCCUGAGCGCCUGCUAUGCGGCCAACCCUCGCCCCGACGCUGGGCUGAAGGAGCAGCUGGUGCAGCUGACUGGCCUCAGCCCCCGCGUCAUCCGGGUCUGGUUCCAGAACAAGCGCUGCAAGGACAAGAAGCGGAACCUCAUGAGCCAGCUGCAGCUGCCACCCCUGAGCCUGCAGGGUGCUGUGGGGACCCGGAUGGUGGCUGCCAGCCCGCAGCCCCAGGACGAAGCGUAUGCGUGGAGCCCGGUGGAGGUUCAGAGGGGCAGGCCCUCAUGGCAGCUGGUGAGCUGCACCGAGGAGGCAGGUUUCUCCCAGCUUCUGCAGCUGAUGGACCCCGAGCAGCGCAGCUGGGUGAGCUCCGUUCUCCGCUAG